AUGGCCUCAAAUUUUCCACAAAUGGGUGGUGCGGGCCAGAUGAUGCCUCAGCAACAACAGCAACAGCAGCAGCAGCAGCAACAACAACAACAACAACAACAGGCUCACAUGCAAAUGCAUCCAAAUCGACAACCCCAGCAAUUAAAUCAUAUAAUAUUCCAGAAGAUUCAACAACAAGGACCACCACCGUCAGGAUGGCAGCAAAUAGUGUCGAGUCAAGAACGUAUGGCAGUCGUUUUCAAUAUAAUUGGUGCUUUACGACUUAUUUCUCAAGGUCAAAACACACCUCAGCACAUGUUUAAGCUUCUUGACAUUGCCCUUGGCUUCGAGAAAGAAGCAUUUCUGACCUCGCCCGAUAAAGGUUCCUACAAAAAUAAAAUGGCCGAGAAGCAGCGUGACUUACAGCAAGCUCGAAUGCAAUCCCAGCAAACUAUGCAACAACAAGUCAACUCACAAGCCCAAGCCCAAGCCCAGCAGCAACAGCAGCAGCAGAUGAUGAUGAAUCAAAAUGGCAUGCAAGGCCAAAUGCCGAGAAACAUUCCUCAGCAACCUCCCCAGCAAGGCUUUCAACAUCUUCAACACCAGAUGCAAGCGUCGCCUCUACCCCCUCAGCAACCUCAGCCCAUGCAGAACGGCCUCCCAAAUGAUUCCCUUCCACAGAAUAUGCCUCAGAAUCCACAGUUGCAAGCAAAUGGCAUGCCAAAUCAAAUUCAGCACGCAUCUGGCAGACCCAUGAAUGGCCAGCCACAAUUACAACCGACACCGACGCCAAACGAGAUGCAGGAAAUGAAUCGAGAAGCCAUCAGAAUGUGCAGCGAAGCAUCAGACAAUGAUAAAAUUAACAUCCGGAACACCUUGAGGGCAAAAAUGACUCCACAGCAACUCCAAUCGCAGGAACAGAGUGGAGCAGACAUCGCGUUUCUAUGGUAUCGCCAGCAACUCAUGAAUAGAUGGCGUCAUCGUCACUUGCCGAUGGGGCAAGGACAACACCCUACACUUCCACAGCACCCACAAAAUGGUUCUGCAACGGCUCCGGCCAUGCAGCAACAGCGUUCCAUGAACCCAAGCCCAAUGAACGGUCAAUCGCAACCCCCUACAACCAUGGGCGGGGGCCCAGACUUUAAUUCUUUCUUGGGCAAUAUGGAAAACUUAAUCGGUCAACAGCAGCAAGCGGGGGUCUUGGCUCAGGAAGCAGGUCAGGUUGUUGUACCUGUCAGUGCGCCAAGGAAUAACACUCCUCAACCUAAUGUUACAAUGCCAGGACAAGCGAUCAACAUGAACGAACAACGUUCGGCUUCGAACCCCAUGGCGAGAACGCAGGCCCAACAAGUCCAAAUGUUUAAUGCUCAACAGUCACAGAGAUUUCAACAACAACAGCAGGCACAGCAGGCACAAGCUCGUGCAAAUGCGGCCGCUAAGGCACAGAUGGGACUGCAAGGUCAGCCUGGUGGAAUGGGUCCGGGGAACAUGCAAUCACAACAGAGCCCUGCCAUGAAUACGCUCAACGCUCCCAUGAGGACGCCAUCUCAGCAGAUGGGCCACCCUGAGGCCGGUGGAAUGAUGCAUAAUCCACCAUUUGGCCAGUCACUGGAUCCACGCUUCGCUAACCCAAGGAUGUUUGGUAAUUCCAUGAAUCAAUUCAACCCCGCAAUGUUGCGAGAUAUGGGCCCAGAACAGCGCCAACACUUCUCAAAUUUGCCACCUGACAAGAUGAGUGAAUUUGCGAAAAAUUGGCAGGCCCGGCAGCAGCAGAAUCCAAUGCAACAGGCACCACAAAUGGCGAUUCAAGGGAAUAAUAAUCCACUCCGUCAAGGACAACCGGGACCACAGUCUGCACAACUCUUGCAACAGCAACAUGCUUUAAGUCAGUUUAUGAUGACACACCCUGGACAGCGACCCCCUGCAUCAUUGUUGAACAAUCUGACUGCGCAACAACAGCAACUGAUCGUACAACAACAAAUGGCUCAGAAUGCAGGCAUGCAGCCCCGGCCUGGAAAUCUGCCUGCAGAUAAUAACAGACUGGUGCAACAAAUGGACAAUAUGGAUAUCCCUGCACAAUUUCUCGCUAAUAACCAGAUGCUACAAGGAAUCCCUCCAGAGGUCAAGAAGUGGGGCCAACUGAAACAAUGGGUUAGCUCGACUCCCACAAUGCCACCACAGGCACUCGACUCCGUGAAGAACGCACAAAAGAUGCACUUGAUGCAGCUUAGUCAAGCGAGACGAGCCGCACAACAGCAGCUCAACCCAAUGCCCACGCAGACUCCAGUCGCAGGUCAGAAUGCAAUGCCUAUGGCACCUCCAAGAAUGUCGGCUCCUGUUGCCCAAAUGGGCCAGAAUCCUACUCAAAUGCCUAUGGGAAUGAAUAUGGGUCCUGGAGCAAUGCGACAGUUCACACCCCAGGACAUUGCGAACCUUCGUAAUCACCCAAGUGGUAAACUUCUUGCCGCCACUGAUGACCAACUCCGACAUAUCCUGAUGCAAAAUCAUAUGCAACGUCGUCAAAUGGCAGCAAGCAUGGCGCAGACGAAUGGUCAACAGAUUCCACAAAACACGAUGCAGGGACUGCCGAACUCAGCCCAAAUGAUGACAACACAGCAACCAUCUGGACAGAUGCCACAGCAGAAGCCAGCAACUUCGGCGCCAGAGCCUGCAGGCACACCCAUUCCUACACCUGCUAAUCGCCCCCGGCCUCCACCAAAUAACAAGCCAGCAACCGCACAGAACUCGUCACCUGCUCAACCUUCCAAGAAUAAUCUGAAACGAGCUAGUAGCGAUGAUGUUGUAGAAGUGCCAAAUCCCAAUGGACAACAGGGCCCAGCGCCAGCACCGCAGCAGAGAAAUAUUACCCGGCUCACACCAGAACAGAUAGCGAAACUUGAUCCAGAGCAAAAGAAAGCCUACGAGGCUACUCUACGUAGAAUGUUCAACGCAAGACAGCAGCCACCAAGCAACCCUGAGGUGGAAAUGAUUACCAGAAAAUUCAAGGAAUUUGCUGCCGAAGAAGAAAAGGCUUACAACGAUAACCCACCCGGUGAGAUUUUUAUGGAUGAGGAGUCGAAGCAAAGCAUGCGCAAGGCCUUGGAACCUAUGCCUGCUCAUCUCAACAACGUCUCGAAGGCCAUGUUAAGGUGGUAUCAACAAACUCGUGAUGAUUCUCGAGCUAAAUUAUUUUUCCGUGCUCGAUGUCGUUUGACGAAGCAAUUCAAAGACCCCGGUACUAUGAGGGAACUCAAAGAUACUUUUUCGAUGAGGCCCGCUGAUGUGGAGCAAGCUAAAACGUUUCUUAAUACAAUGGUAAUGGAUAUCGUCAAUAAAAAUCCAAUGUUUAAGAAGAAUGGUGGAUCGUCAGAUCCUCAAGGUGCAUCAGCCAAUCCAUCUGGUGCAUCGACGGCCCAAACUUCGGAGGCAGGCGUGCCACUUAAUGCUGCCAAUUUACAGCAGCAGCAGCAGCAGUUGCUCAAGAUGAACCACCAAAGAUCGAAUAGCCGCGGUUCUCACCCCCCUGCAGCCCCUACGUCAUCCCAGCCACCGUUUCCAUUUGGAGCUUCGUCUCCUCAUGGUCAGCCUACAUAUCCUGGGAAGCCUCCUGCUUUCACUCCGGAAAAACUCCAUAUCCCCGCACGUAAGAAGCAGAAGCCAAACGGAACACCAGGCCAAGGUCAAGGCACUCCAGGAUCGACUUCCUCGCCCCAGAUCACCAAAGUCCCCUCACCGGAGGUCAAGCGUCAACAAAUUCCAGAGCCAAAGGUUCCGGCCAAGCCGACCUGGCCAUGUAACGACGAGGUUUGCGAACGCCAAAACACCGGAUUCGAAAGUCAAGAGGAGCUUGCUCGUCAUACUCAAGUGGAGCACAGGCUACCAAUGCAAAACCCACAGAAGUUUGCUGAGGAUCAUCUCCGACCAGUUCUAGGUCUGGAUUCUCAAAAUCAGUCAAAUCCAGCAAUGGCGACUACGGAUGCAGCUACGUCAUUCAACCAAGGUCAGACACCGAAGGUUGAGACUGCCACUCCAUCUGCUUCAGCUGCUACGCCUAUGAAUCGUCAAAACUCAACGAAUUUGCAGGGUGGCAUGAUGCAAGGUAAAGUCAAGCACCAGUCUGGUUUGGUUACGGAUACAGCCAAGUCCCAGAAAGGUAUGAACAAGGAUGAAUCGAAUGCACCAGCUCAAGAAGUUAAUUCGGAUCCUUGGGCAAAUGCUACAAUCGAUCCUAAUGAGCUUAUCCGCGCUUUCCAGCCAUUCGAAGGUGGCGCUGGCGGGGCGAUCUCCGAUGCGAAUAACUACCGGUCCAUAACACCAAAUGAUACUCCAGAAUCGAGUAAAGACGGUGUAUCAGAGCCCACUAGUGAUAUCUCUGAAGGGGUCAACUUGGACAUUGCCUUGGACGUGUUUGAUGAGGCAUGGUUUCCAUUCGGACUCAGUGAUACUGAUGCUCUUGUGGAAAAUCACACCAACACCUACGACGCAAAUUUUGAUGAAGACUUGACCAUGUUUGAUGAUGCGGAGUUUGCUAACGCUCCACAAACAUGGGAUGAUAUGGAUGGCAAAGUAAAUUUUAAUGAACCGUUUCAAUUCAACAUAGAUGAGCAUUAUUCGAUGGAUAUCUAG